UGGCGCGGGGGAGGGAUGAAUGGAGCCGAUGACGUAAGCAGCGCGUUCCCACGGCCCUCGAUCCACGCUCCGGGAUGGAAGCGGAGUCGGGAGAGGAGCGGCGGCGUUGGGCCGCGGCCUCGUGUGUGUUAACGGGCGCCUCGAGAGGCUUCGGCCGCAGCCUGGCACGGUUGUUGGCGCCGAGGCUCGGCCCAGAUUCGCUGCUGUUGCUGUUGGCCCGCUCGGAUGAAGCGCUGGCCCAACUGGCGGCCGAGCUGCGGGACUCCUGCCCUGGUUUGCGGGUGGAAUGCGUGGCCGCCGAUCUGGGAUCCGAGGAGGGGUUGCGGAGGGCGACGGGAGCCGUGCGGGAGCUGCUGCCUGGCGGGCCGCCCGGCCGCCUGCUGCUCAUCAACAACGCCGGCUCCUUGGGCGACAUCUCCAAAUCCUUCCUCAACCUCACCGAUCCCAAUGAGAUCAACGCCUACUUCGCCUUCAACAUCACCUCGGCUCUCUGCCUCACCAGCAGCGCCCUGCAGGCCUUUGGGACACGGCCAGGCUGCAGCAGGACAGUGGUGAACAUCUCAUCUCUCUGCGCCCUGCAGCCCUUCCGCAGCUGGGUGCUGUACUGCAGUGGGAAGGCUGCCCGGGAUAUGAUGUUCCGUGUGCUGGCAGAGGAGGAGCCUGACAUCCGUGUGCUCAACUAUUCUCCAGGUCCCCUGGACACAGACAUGCAGCUCUUGGCUCGCACGAAGACUGGAGAUGCUGAGGUGCGUCAGCAAUUCCAGAGCCUGCAUGAGAGUGGGAAGCUGAUAGACUGUUCUGUGUCAGCCCAGAAGCUGCUGAGGCUUCUGGAGGAAAAUACCUUCACCUCGGGUGCACACGUGGACUUUUACAGCAUCUGAGCUGCUCUCAUCUCCACGCUCUGUUUUCUGCCCGCUGCUCCCUGCAGUUUGGUGGCUGUUUGGGUGCUGCACAGCCUUCAAGAGAACAUCUCUGGCUGCCUUAUGGAUGCUCCCUGUGCCCUUAUGGGGUUGGGUGGGGGGAUUCACUGCCAAGCUCAGCCAGGCUACAAAUAAAGCCAUGCUCUGAGAACCACUUAUCCAAGGUCUUGUCCUGCCUGGACCCCGCUGAGCUCUCCUGUGCACACAGGAGAAGCAAAGGGAUGGGGGAGCAGAGGUGGCUUCCCCAAUGGAACUAGACAGAAAGCACCAUGCUAAUGCACUGCUGCAUGGCAGUCCUUCACAUCCCAGUGAGUGUGGAUGCACGCUCCCUGUUCUGCUCAUUUAGAGGCAGGAGCUGAGCAGCAGAGGGAGCUGCCUGUGCAGAUUUGGCUCUGCCGCACAGACCCACCCACCAGCACAGC